UGAAUUUCCAUGAAUUGAUCAAACUCAUCAAUUUCUUCAGAGAAAAAUCAAUGGAUGAAUACUUUUAGCCAACAUUAUUCGGCAGUCAAGAUUGUGAAGAAUUUUUUCGCCAUUUGAGAUCAUUGACUACUUUGUGUUCAACAAUUGUUAAUUUUCAAUGCUGGACUUAUUGCAUAGAGUUCAUAGAGUAGACUUUAUGAACUAUGCAGAAAAUAUACUGCAAUGUUAUGGAGUCAAUUCGAAGAAGAGUUCCAAAACCUGCCAGACAUUUCAACUUCCGGGCCUAGAGGAAAUCGAACAAACUGUUCUGAAUGCCCAAGUUGACGCUGAAAAUGAAAUGUUGCACCUGGGUCUUCAGGCUGUGCAUCCUAUCUCAGCCUCGAUCUCAGCAUUAUUUCCUGAAAUAAGGUCUGAAAUUCCUUUUGAAACACCCAUCACGAACGAAGAACGGAAUGAUGAUGAAGUCAAUACAUAUGCUGAUGCAGAUGUUGACUUGGAUGAUGAGCACAACUAUUUGGAUCUCGAUUUGGAUCAUUUGGAUAUAACUGUGGCUUCAAACGGUGAUUCCAGCAUGCAUGCCGAGAUGUAUGUACCUUUGGAUGUUGAAGAUGAAUUGCGGCUUAUGCUAGGAGAAAGCGCUAACAACAUUGAAAUUAAACAUCUCAUCAAGGAAAAUGUAUCAAUUAAAUCAUCACGACUGUACUUCAAAAUGCAGAAUUCAGAUGGAAAAGAAGUUUUUGUGAAAAAGUCAACUGUCGUUUGGUUGUUUAACAAUGUUAAGGAUACCCCCAGUCUGGAGGAACGCAUGAUGAAAUUCAUAUUGGAGAUUGGUGUGAGUUUAAAUAUAGGGCACAUGGAAGAACACGAGUCGUGUAUGGUAAUGUGGUAG